AUGUCUAGCUUGGGCAAGAUUAAGAAAGAAGCUUGUGUUCAUGGUUAUGAGUCUGUCUGGUUGAAUCGUUGGACCAGGAGAGGCCGUGGAUUCGAGUUACAGGCUCGUAGUAACCGAGAUGCUGAGUGCUCGACGAAGAUUAAUGGUCAACUAUGGAAGGAAUCAACAGGUUCCAUGAAACUAGAAGGAAAAAUGUUGAGUGGGUUUCUUGAUCUGUUUCCUAAUCCUGAUUCAGCUGUUCAAAGGGUCGAAAUGAUACCUGACAUGAACAAAGAGCCGCCACUUGUUGCGGAGAGAGAAAACUCGAAAGAUGGGGAAGAAGGAGAAUCAAGCAGCUCAGCUACUCAAAGUAGGAAUGUAGAACACUUUCUCAACAACAACAACAAUAAGUCGUUCAAAGAGUCUAAGGGUAUACUGUUGGACCAUGAAACCAACAGUAGAUCACAGGUCAAACGUCUCAAGACAAACACCUCGGACUACUGCGGAAAUGAAACCAAAGGCAUGAAGGUUGUUGAAGGACCAUCACAAGAGAAAGUGAACUACUUCUUCCACAGAAUCUUAAGUUGUGGAAUCAACAAAUCUGGAUCCACAAGAAAUCAAGAACGCUUCCAGUCACGGAUCAAGAACAUUAAAAGGGUAGGCAGAGGAGGAGAAGACGAAGACUUUACGCUUCUGCACCCAUGGAUUCAGAGAUGGUGUAAGAAAAAAGCUAAGGAAACUCAUGAGCAAGAAGUUAACCCAAAGGGCACUGCGUUGGAGAAGCAGUUUCCAAGUAUUGCAGCAAUGGCAUUGAUGGGGAAAGCUCUGAGUUUAACCCCGACUGGUACGAAAAAGACCAACUCCCUCUUCGUUUGGAAUGCGCAAGAGCUAAGGUGA